AUGGGCCACCGCAAUGGGAUGAUCAGCGUGUCAUGGACUGGCGGGCAGUCGCAGCAACUGUGCUUUGCAGAGUUGCCUCGGAGCGCGGUCCGAACACUUGAGGAGCACAACAGUUUGAAAGGGCGUUUUCUUAUUGCGCCUCAGGAGGCUUUUCUUGGUCACGUCACCUCCAAGCUGGCUGAGGCCAUCAGGACGUCUCAGCAGAGCGGCGACGGUUUGGUUAAGAUCACGGAUGCGUCGACUCCGACAAAGGUACGCGAGCAUCGCAGUGCUCCGCGUGAAGAGUUCAACCGCCUCGUCCACACGUUGGUGUCGGUAGCGUUUGGCAUCCCGCGUGGGAAGGUGAAGCUCCCGUCCAAUAUCAUUGAGCACCUGGACUGGUGGAUCAAGGCAUUGAGGGAGUCGCCCGGCCGUCGGAUGAUGGCAGCCAAGCAGCACUUGAAAGGGCCGUUGCUGUCGUGGAUGAGCGACGCCUGCCGCUGUUUGGAUGAAGGGAAACUUUCGGGGGCCGGCGGGUUCUUGCCGCUGGGCCCAGGGUAUUAUUGGUCAGAAGUGUUCGACGAUUCCAUAGUGAAGUGGCCCAACAUUGCGCACUUGGAGUGUUACGGGGUUUGCCAGAACGCGGCCGUUUUUGGGCGCUUGGUAGAGGGGCACCAAAUGUAUGACGAGUGCGAUAACGCGGGCGUCGUUUUCGCACUCAAUGGGUCUGCCCCUUCCGACCCGGUCUUAUACGAGCCAUCGAUGAGACGUUUUGACAUUUUGGCUGAGCAUAACAUGGAGGCAAUUACACGGCAUUUUGCCGGCUGGGUUGAUGGUAUGGCUGACGAUUUAAGUCGCCAGAAUUUUGAGGCCUUCCUCCAGAAGGCCAGAGAGUAUGGGUACGAGGAACCCGUUCGUUUAGAGUUUGAUAAAUCGCUCCAUCACCUCCUCGUCCCCUUGGCUGUGAUGGUGACUAACAUGACAAGAAGCCUGCCUCCCUUAUCCCGUGCCCAAGCCGCGCGGACAGGGUUACGCGCCCAGGAAGUCCAGCGGUGUCUUCAAGCCGGAGUAGAGGUUGACAUGGAAGCUGGCAAGGACCCGUUUGGAGAUUCGGAAGACGAGGAAAGCUUACCUGACUAUGCUGCGACAUAUCAGGCGGAGCUGCUCCUCUGA